CAUUGCAGCGGUUCGAGGCAAUGUAGCAGCGCGUUAUGCCCAUUGAAGUAGAGUUCGAACAGUCAUUGAUAGUUCAAGCCGCAAAAUCGGUAUGCCGGGGACCCUUCAAGUGCCCGCGGGGACGCGAGGAUGAUCAGACACCAUAUACCGCGGAUGAUGGAUAGUAAGGAUACCACUUCGAUACUCAACGCCGGGCGCUCCCCCAUAGACCCAAUGGCAAUGAUAACAACCAGCCUGAUCCCUGGUACGUCAAGUCCCAGUCGGCUACGUUAUCUCGUCCGUCGGUUACAACGGUCGAAGGUCGGUCGAAGGGCUCCGGAGCGCAGUCGUCCGUGUCGCGAGGCACACUGGGAGCGCACGCGCGACUGCCUCCGGGCCUUCUGGACAGGCUCCCUCCAGUUUCUCCACCGAUCAAAGCAGUACACAAACGACGCACCGGUACGUCGACCCAACUCUAAACCCUCGGGAAGCCUUCCCAUCGCCCGUCAGUUCGUGAUUCGUCCCAACCCACGCACGCCCUCGGUGCCUGUACGCAACCGGGCCCGCCAGUUCCUCCCGGUGCACACGUUGUACUCCUCCUGCGACAUUGUGCAUGACGUGCCGCGAUCGUGUCCGGGUGUCGCGUUCCGGGAUGACUGGUACGUUAACCAUCGUCGCUGGGUUCAGAGACCCCGCGCGGCGUCCCGCUGGGCCUGCUACCAGCCUGCCACCAAUCGCCUUUCGCAACCGUGUACUCACAUUGUUCCGGCGGGCCGCUGCACAUUGACAACUGCGUUGGUACGCGAGUGGUCAUAGACCGAGGGCGAUCUUCGGUCGCCAGGAUGGGCCUGUGAUAAGCUAUUAGAGCCGCAGGUCCGUGAUCAGAACGGGACAAUGUUGCAUUCGAGGCUUCCGGAUUCUCCCUUGCAGCGUCACUGCUGACUUGCUGUUCAACCUUCACUGAGAGAGUUUGCGGAGCCCUGUCCGCGGGCGCAUUGAGCUACGAAAGGUGCCUUUGGG